UUGUCUUUUCUAUACCAUUGUUGGCAACAAACAUUUCCUGGACAUUAUUGUUGUUUAUUGAUUCGUUUUGCGGUAAUUUGUGUGAAUUUGUAAAAACGUGGUAAUUCGUAAUUGCCAGAAAUUAUCAUUUCAGUUUGAAUAAGUCAUAAAAAUUUAUUGUUACGAUGACAGAAGAAGUAAAUCCAAAAGCUUAUCCCUUAGCUGAUGCUGCUCUAACGACUAAGAUACUGAAUUUGGUUCAGCAAACUGCUAAUUACAAGCAGUUAAAAAAGGGUGCCAAUGAAGCUACUAAGACCCUUAACCGGGGAUUAGCUGAGGUAAUUGUAUUGGCUGCAGAUGCUAAACCUCUUGAAAUAUUGUUGCACCUGCCACUGCUUUGUGAAGACAAGAAUGUGCCAUAUGUAUUUGUAAAGUCAAAGCAUGCUCUUGGACGUGCUUGUGGAGUUUCAAGACCUGUUAUUGCUUGUUCUAUCACUGCAAAUGAAGGAUCACAGUUAAAACCGCAGAUACAAGUAUUACAGAGGGAAAUUGAGAAGCUCCUUGUUUAAUGUUCUCAUCUUUUCAUUUUGUAUCAUAAACGACAUGAAUUUCUGAAUGUAUAGAAUUUGAAAUGUGUAUAAAAUUGUUUUAUCAAUUUUUCUCAUCA